AGCUGAAAUCAGGAGCUCUCAGUUAAGCUUCAGUCCGCCGUCCCGUUAACUCUACGCCACAUCUCUGUGUAUCAAGGUCCGCCAUGGGGGUCGAAGGCUGCACCAAAUGCAUCAAGUACCUGCUCUUCUUCUUCAACUUCAUCUUCUGGCUUGCAGGAGGUGUAAUCCUGGGCGUGGCCCUAUGGCUGAGACACGAUCCCCAGACUAGCAACCUGCUAGGAGUUGAAUUUGAAGGAGCCCAACCGCCAAGCACCUUCUACAUCAGUGUCCACAUCCUGAUCGGUGUCGGCGCUGUGAUGAUGGUUGUCGGGUUCCUCGGUUGCUACGGUGCCAUCCAGGAGUCCCAAUGUCUGCUGGGAACUUUCUUCGCCUGCCUGGUCAUCCUGUUCGCCUGCGAGGUUGCAGCUGGUAUCUGGGGCUUCAUGCAUAAAGACACUGUGUCAAAGGAGAUGAUCAACUUCUAUGACUCUGUGUACGACAAGGCCACGUUGCAAUCUCUCUCCGACAUGGACAAAGAGAAGACAAAGGCAGCUGCCUCUGUGCUCAAGAUCUUCCACGAGACGCUGAGUUGCUGUGGUAAAGGAAUAGGAACUGGGGUCUUCACGUUCCUCACAGACAAGCUUGGUCUGACUGAUGUGUGCCCCUCUGGUGGAGCUUCAACCAAUUGCCACAGCAGGAUCAACGAAUUGUUCUCAGAUAAGAUUUAUCUGAUCGGUAUCGCUGCUCUGGUGGUUGCAGUUAUUAUGAUCUUCGAGAUGAUCUUCAGUAUGGUGUUGUGCUGCGGGAUCCGCAACAGCCCGGUCUAUUAAAAAGUAACGGGUCAUUUUGGCCAAUGAAGGAAGGGCGACCUCACCGUCUCCAUCUCAUUCUCUCUCUCCUCUUCUUCUUUUUCUAAGCAGCAAACGUCACAUAUAUAGCUUGCUGGAUUUAGUCAGCUCUUUGAGAAGACUACGUAGAACAUCCUCCAUUGAGCUCUUUUUUAUUACACUGUCAAUGAUUUUUUUUUUUUUUUUUAGUCACAGAUGUUGUUAUGCAUAUUUGACCAGUGCUAUUCUAACCUGAUAUGUAGAUAUUAUAUCACAUUAUGUCACACGUGAUUUACAUGUACCAUCUCGGUGUAGCUGGUGCUUUAAUCUUUUAGUGUUGAAUUAGUUGUUUACUGCUUCCUCCCCCCAUGAACAUGCCCUUAUAUUCUUGGUUUUAAGGAUUUUUUUUUUCACUGUUUUAUGUAUAAACUGUACAUACAUAUAUAUAUUAACAGUGCUUUAUGACAGCCUGAGCAUGAAUAUUGUAUUACAGUCUUCUUCUGUAUUCUUCCUGCACUCUUUUCUUGUUUGCCUUGCUCUAGACUGAACCAGAUGAUGGUGUUAAAGACUGGCACUACUGUUGGCCUCACUAUGUCAGAGAGAACAUACACACACUAACACACACACUGUCCUACAGACCAUACUCUAUGAUGUCUGCAGGACUCUUGGGAGAUGGAACCAAAUUUCUAAUGACCCGAUGUCUGUCUGUUUUGGCUCCAUGAGGUUAUUUGUUAAGUUGUCUUUGGCUGUUUGUUUAUCACGUGUCCAGAAUUGUCCGAGACCUCAGCUGCAUCAAUCAUUUUAAAGAUUUGAAGUUGCUUAAAGUUGCAAUUAUUCUUACAAACCAUCCAUUGGCAAGUUUGAUCCAAAAACACAAAUUUCUCCGAUUCGGCUCUGAAUGAAUCACAACUAAACAUUUUGUCAAUGUGAUUUUAAAAAGAGGACAUAUCAGUAGUAAACCUCUUUUAAAAACAGAAAUAAUAGGUAUGGUGUUAUCAUGGCAAUCUAACUGAGAAUCAUCAUUUUACCUUAAAAAUGAGGUUGAAAUGUUUGUGGAAACUAGUGAUGAUUCCAUGCAAGGAAAGAUGCAUCUAAAUUUAAAAGGUUUUAUGCAACUGUGCACUUAUUUGUGGAGGUAAUAUGCUUAAAUGAGCAGUGUGUGUAAGAUUUAGGGGCGAUGUAUUGGCAGAAAUGGAAUAUAACAUUCAUAAGUAUGUUUUCAUUCUUGUAUAACGGAGCCCGCCAUGUUUGCACCACUGUGUUUCUACAGUAGCCCAAACGGGCAAACCAAACACUAGCUCUGUAGAGGGCUUUCAUAUUUUUUUCAUGUUUCGCGGCCAUUGUAGGUUCUCCUAAAUGCUUCAAAGUGGAGGACGAGGAAAGGUGUAUUCACUUGCAAUUUUCAACCUUGUCACUAAAUCCUACACACUGGUCCUUUAACGCUAUAGUUGUUUCCUUAAUCAAAGGAGUUUCAGUGAAAUAUGACCCAUAACAUUAACACCUAAUGUGACUGUCGGCAUGAGAUGCACCUGUUGCAUUCAUGUAUCAUGUUUUGUGCUUUUUCCAAAAAACUCAUUUCCGUCCACACUUAAGCCAUCACUGUCCCUGGUUGCUCAGCUCUCAGCCUUGCUUAUAGUGUCACUCACAGAGGAAACGCAUGCAAAACUGUAGCUAGUGUAGCAGUGGAAAAAGCCUCAGUUUGGUGUUUGGAAUCUGAACCUGGGUUGCCUUGUCUGGUUAAGUCUAGCCAAAUCUCAUCUAACCUGUCAUUUGUACUGUCGCGUUUGUGUGUGCACAUACAGAACACGGGUGAACACAAUACCGUGAACACAGUUAAACACAGUUUAACUGAACUGUGUCAGACGCUGAGAUGUAUGGAGGCUUGUGCCGGCCAGAAAAAUAAGAAUCGGUGAUGAUUGUGAUAAUUCACUUUCUUGUUUGAGGUGAAAGGAGAAAAAUAAUGCCACUUUUUACGUUUGAUAUAAAGCUAGAAUCAGCAGGAGAUUAGAUUAGUUUAGCAUAAUGACAAGAAGCAGGGCGAAAAAGUAAUGGUCCUUACAAAAUAUCACAUUUUCUCAAUGGAUGCAUUGAAUCUUGUUUGUUUUAAUCUACGCACCAACAGAAAUGUAAAACAACACUGUGGUUUUAGGGUGGUGGGAUGCCAGGCCAAGAAAUGUAUGUUCAUGAUAUUGUGCCUGUUUGGUCUGUCUCAGGCUGAUUGCAGUAGUGGUAUGUGUACCAGCAGAGGGCAGCGAACUCAUGUUAAAUACUACAGAGUCAUCCACAAAUCAGCUUUCACCACCUGCUGAAAUUCAGCCAAUCAGAAAGCUCCCAAAAGGGCAACUAAACAUACCGAUUACCCAGCUGCCUCUGACAAAUGACACCGAACCGCUCAGUGUUCUAUGUUUCGCACGUCAUAAACACACACUCACUUUUAGCCAUAUCAUCUUGUGUAACCAUUCAUAUUAUCACAACUUUUGUCAACCAACUAAAACCUUGUCUUGUUAAUGUGUCAUGCUGAGAAAGUGAAAGUGUCUUGUAAUAUUUACAGCUCUGAAAUAUUGUACUAAAAAUCAUGAAGGCUGUAAAAGGACGAUGUCUGCCUUUUUUUCUCUUUGUAUUGUGAUAUCUUUGUCUGGUACGUCGUCAAAGGAGUGAACAGAGGGUGGAAGAUUUUGUGGCAGUGGCGACUGAGAUGAAAUCAAACAUUUAACACAACAGCCUAUUUCUUCCCCCAGAAAUCAUUGAAAAUAGUAUUACAACCUACAUCAGUCCAGUAAUAGCCAAACUGUGUUCCUCUGAAAGUAUUGUCCAUGUUGCUGCCUUUUGAACUUGGUUACUCUCAGAAUUCACUGCCACUUCAGUCUCAACCCUCUCUACUCUUGUAGACUGUGGUUUGCCCAAGUAUAAAGGGAUUAAAUGUAUUUUACAAAUAAACAA